CCCCCUCGUUCUUCGACUCGAGACAAAGGAUUUGUUGGUGAUCGCGGUCGGCAGCUGAUCGCUUGUCGAAGAAGGCGACGGCCAGGAAAAAGCGAAAACUCCUCGAGAGCUGUGAAUGGCGAAUCUUCUGCUGUAGCUAAAACUUGCGCCAUGAACUGUAAGUGGUUUACGGUGAUGCUAUCCGUGCCUCGCCCGGAGCAGCCCACCUUUCUCACCAAGUUCCACGAGAUCUCGGGACUUGCCCUCUACUUGGUCACGGGGCUAGUUCUCAUGUGCGCGCCGUCACUCGCGCAUUUAAUUCUACAGGUAGAUUUACUCGGUCGCUCCGAAACCUACCUCCGCCUUGUGGGCAUCGAGCUUGCCGUAGUGGGCUUUAACUACGUCAUCACAGCCCGUACCAGGCCUCGCGUGCCCGGCGCCGGCUACAUCCUUGCGAGUAUUCCAGAGCGCUUGAUCCUUGUGGACGUCUUGAUCCUGUGUCUUCUGUCACAGAAGCUCCUCCCCCUGUCACUCUGCCUGACAGCGAUCAUCAUCGACACCCUUUUUGCCAUCCUCACUUUCGUCAUCUGGUACAGGGUAACUCCGAACGUCUCCUUCAGUGUCUUCCUCAAGGAGCUAUCUAGCCCCCUGUUUAUCCGAUGCCUUUUUAACCGUAGCCGUGGUGCUUCAAGUGUAGUCGGCGCGUUUGGGCUUCUACAGUUUGUCUACUCCAUCUUCUUCGCCAUCCGACCCGAUUUCGCCCGCGAGGCAUUCAGCUUAGACCCAUUCGAGGGUCACUCGGCUGGCUACUUGGGCGCGUUUUUCGUGCUAUCCUGCGAGUCUGCGUGGAAUCAGAUCUACAUGGGCAAGGCGCGCAGCGUAGCAUUCAACAUCUUGACAGUAUUCUCGCGCUUGUGUUUCAAGCUCCCUGUGCUCGUGAUCCUGGUGGCCUCUAGCGAGCUUGAGGUUGGUCUUGGCGUGUUCUUGAUUCUGCUCGAUGGCGCAUUCGCCGCCAUCACCCUCAUGCUGUUGUGUCUGAGCGGCAUCCAAGACGAGGAGCCUGAAGAUGUCAUCGACGCGGGGGAGACGGAGGCCAUCAUGCCCAAAGAGCCCAAAGCGGGUGCCACGCCCACGGAGUCAGAGAAUAAGAAGGAUCCAGACUUUGCCGAGCCCCAGUAAAGAAAGGUCUCUAUGAAUCACGACUAUCAUAGGAACUGACCCACUAAGCAAAGAAAACAUGUUACAAAAAGUCCUCACCUACUAACCACAUUAAAUCGAACGACAAAAGCCUAAAUAAAUUGCUCAAGAUUAUCAGAGAUUUAUCACUGACUAGGGCAUCGUACACACACAACAGGAUAUAUUUUAUUUUUAAUAUUUUUAAAAUAAACUCAUGAGAUUAUCAGUGAGAGGUAAAUUGUUAGUUUUUUUUAGAACGAUGGGCGCUACCGUGGUCACUAAUACAAAAGUAGCAUGCGAGAGCCAUUUGAUGGACACGAACUUUUAAGUUAUUAAAAUAACUAGAAGGAUUUCCUCGUGCAUUUUCGCCACACUUCAUGUCAGCUCGUUUUCGCAUCCUCAUUUAGCUUACUUCACAAAGCUUUCAAGGUGACCUCGGUAGCGUGCGUCUAUAUGACGAGUAAGACCAAAGUACUGCUAGAAAUACUUAUGAAGGGGAUAUUGAAUAGGUGACUUAUAAAAUUUUGGAAUUUAUCAGUGGUAUCACUUAAAAAUGCACUCAACAAAUAUGUCAAGAAUAAGGGAAUUUCAUAAUAAGCAAAGUUAAUAAAAGAGUAAUCGUAA